UGAAAAGUCAAAUUCAAACAUUCAAAGCAUAUUCAAAGAAAGACGACAAAUAAUAUACUGGGGUCAUAAUAACUUUUGAUCUGAGAUCAAAAGUUUUUUCGAUCAUUUCGUGGUUUUUCGAAGACGAUACUGAACUUAUAUUCGAUUUUGUUUUGUUUUUUCCCUUUUUCUUGGAAGUAUGGGCUGCUUGUGGUCCCGUGAGGGUCGUGAACAUUGUAAACAUUGUAAUCGCACAGCAGUGAACAAUUUAGUGAUCAUCGACCAUACGUGUGAAAUAUGCAUCAGUACAGCUACCAGAUCUCAUUGUCCACCACCUGGACCUGCUCACAAAUUUGGAGAAUUCCGCUGUGGUGCUUGUGGAAGAUACUGGAACAGUCGUUGGUGCUGGCCAAAUAAGUAUCAGAUGUGUCAAAAUUGUAAGACACCUACCCUGCCUUAUAAACAUAGGGAUUUAAAACCUACGGAUCUAACUAGUUCAACUGACAACAGACAUGAACAUGUGAGAGAACUUUGCCAAAUGUGUCAGCAGCUUGGCUAUUCCUGCAAGGAUUUUGAUAAAAAAUAUAAACCACCAGCUCCAACUACUCAUAAGUCUAGAACAAAACAGAUGAGAACAUACUCAAAAAAUUGGUGAUACUCUUUUAUAGUUUGUCAGUUGUAGCAUGGUGCGGGUGACGUGCGAGAGUUUGAAUUUUUUUAUUUUAUUUAUUAGUACAGAUUCUUGCAAUGCUAACAGCUAAUGCCAACCCGCAUUACAAGUCACGACUUAUACAGAUGUUUGGUAAUUAGUAUAUAAAGACGACACGU